AUGCAGGCUGGUCUUGUUUUUGGGCAUCCUGUGUUGUGUUUCACAGUCUUGGCGUCGGCUGUGGCUUUCAUCAUGUGGGCAUUGAAGCCAACCUUGACUUGGCUUGCCAGGAAGGCUCGGCUCGAGGAAGCGAACAACAUCGUCCCACAACAGAUCAUACAGGGACUGCAGCUCGAGAAUGGAGUGCAGACUACAUCCUAUUCAUUACCGACACGCCCAACAAUGGCUUACCAUAGAUUUCAGGGCGUGUCUAUUGAUAAAUCCAGUCAGGUCAUGUAG